AUGUCAUCGAAAACUCUUAGAGUAGCUUUCGUACAUCCCGAUCUCGGUAUCGGUGGAGCGGAACGUCUUGUGGUUGAUGCCGCUACUGGUUUAAAAGCCAAAGGUCAUAAUGUAGUUAUUUAUACUUCUCAUCACGAUCGGGGACAUUGUUUUGAAGAAACUAAAGAUGGCUCGCUUGAAAUUAGAGUACGUGGAAAUAGUAUUAUCCCGCGUACCCUUUUUGGAUCUUUUUACAUUGUAUGCGCAAUUUUACGACAAUUACACCUUACCGCUUCUUUAAUCUUAAGAGAUAAUGAUCAAUUCGAUGUUAUAUUUGUUGAUCAAUUAUCCGCUAGCAUUCCAUUUUUAAGAUUUACUGGUGCCAAAAUAUUAUUUUAUUGUCAUUUCCCAGACAAAUUAUUAACCAAACGCGAAUCAAUUUUGAAAAAACUUUAUAGAUAUCCUGUUGAUUUAUUGGAAGGACUGACUACUGGCUACAUUUUCACAUCUAACGUGUUUCGUGAAUCUUUUCCUAACAUAAGAAAGGCUCCUCAAGUUCUAUACCCUGGAAUACAUUUUGAAGCAUAUGAUAAAAAAGUGGACGUGACAAUUUUAUCAAUUAAUCGCUUUGAACGAAAAAAAAAUAUUGUACUUGCCAUACGUGCUUUUGCAAGAUUACGAGAUGAUGUUAUGGUAUCAGAGGAACAAUUUCUCAACAUGCGCUUAGUAAUUGCUGGUGGCUAUGAUAAUCGUGUGCCAGAAAAUGUGGAUCACCAUAAAGAAUUGGAUCGAGUAGCUUCAAGAUUGGAACUCGAAACUUUUACAAUUAUGCCCAGUUCGGCAACAUAUCCACCAGAAUCAGCGCAAAUAAUUUUUUUAUGCUCUUUUAAUGAAGCACAAAGGACAUAUCUAUUAUCAAAGUCACUUUGUCUUUUAUAUACACCAUCAAAUGAACAUUUUGGAAUUGUGCCUAUAGAGGCAAUGUAUGCUUGUUUACCUGUAAUUGCAUGUAAUAGUGGUGGCCCAAGAGAAACUGUUCGAAAUGGUAUAACGGGUGUUUUAUGUUCACCUACGCCUCUGGAAUUUUCGGAGGCGAUAGCUGAUUUUAUUUCAGGUGUACAUGAUCGUAAAGUUAUGGGUGAUUCUGGGAGAGAGCAUGCCCAAAAAAAUUUUUCUUUGACUACUUUUGUCAAUUCUUUAGAACUCAUUUUAAUGAAUUUAGUGCAGGAUCCUUUAAGAUCAAGACCGCUACAAGGCCCUUUAAUAUGGUUUUCUACAGCUAUCACUUUAUUUGUACUUUUAAUAUAUCAAUACAGUUAUUAA